AAAAUGUUUUAGAAGAAUGAAACAUGACAUGCUAUAAUUCUAGCCAGCACUUGACAUCAUACGGUGUAUUGGGAGGAGGUAAAUUAUUUCCUGAACAUUUUAUAUGAAAGUUUGCCACAAGUGGACUCUGGAGGAGGGACUUUGAAGAACCAUGUCUGGCAAGAAUUCAAGAAAAGUGAGAAUGGGAUCAUCACGUCAACCACGUCAGAAUCAAGAUGAACAUGAGACUAACAAAGAUGAUGAUGGGUCCCAAAUGUUGUCAAAGGAAAGGAAAGUAGUUGAAGUUGGGGCUGGUUCAGUUUCAGUGAUGCUCCAAACGGACCUUGUCUCAUCAGAUAACUUAUCAACAAUAACACAACAACACACAGAAAUAAAUAAUCCACCAUUAAAUUACGUCACAGAGUCACAUCUGUCUCAACCUGUAAACCCAUAUCUUCUAAAAUCACUUGACACUGCAGGGAAGAGAAGGAAAAUGGGGUCUACUCGUCAGAAUAAAAGAAAGCCAGACAACACAGACUUUGGGGUGAUACAAGACACCAAAACUGGAGACACAGAACAAUCCCUAGAACUUCAGGCAUCCAUUGCAGUUGUGGAAUCUGAGUCCCACAGCAAAGGAGAAGAGUGCCUGGGUCCUAAAGAAAGUGAAAUGAACACUCAGAGCAGAAGUCAAAGUGAGUUUAUUUUGUUUGCUUCUAACACACUCAACCAACCGGAUGACAGAUGUAAAGAGGAAGUUGGUGAGGAUACUGAACCUAGAACUAAAACUGUGGUUAGUUGUGGCACUGAAAUGCUUCAAGAUACUCUUGGAACCGAAUCACUCUUGCAUCUGCCCCUAGAUCUUGCGUUAGAAGUUGUUCAUGGAUUCGCUGCUGAACCCAUAACAGAGGAGUUGAAGAAAGAGGAAGAGAGGAGGCAGGAAAGUGAGCAUGCCGAGGUGGAGUCCUCCACAUUUCUCAGCUCUAGACAGUCAUUAGAUCAAUCCCUUGAGUCAGACACUUUAACCAACACAGAAGAGUUUGAGUCAUUCAAUAACACAAUAAUCCCCCAAAGUGGAGAAGGUGAAGAGAAACUUGAACCUGUUGUAAAUGAGUCAGAAUUGCAGGAUGAUAUUAACUCUACUGGUCCAGGCAAUCAGGAAACAUUGCACCAAAGAGAUGAAGAUGAGAACUUUGUUGACCUAAUAGUUGAGGAAAAUAUAGUACUGGCAAAUAUAACUCCUUUUAGACAACCAGACCAUGUAGAAAGCAUUGAACCUGAACAAAGUGAGGAUAUGACCUGCUUUUUACAAUCAACCCCCUCAGACAGCUCUUUGGGUCAUGACAAAAGUGCUCAAUCAGAAUCCAGGAGAAGAAAGAUGGGUUCAACUCGCAGGAAUCAUAGAGGUAUACAUGAGGUGGAAGAACAUGGAGAGAGUAAGAUGCGUGGAUAUCGUUACCUUUAUGAUGAGGGAGAAGAGGUCAUAUUGGGAAAAGAAGAAAUGUUUGGCAUCGAAGAGACUGAGUUUGAAAUAUCUAUGGAGCCUAAAGAUAGUGCCAGUGUAGACGCGAAAGAAGGAGAGCAGAUGGAAAAGGAGAAUUUCCAAACAGAGGAAGACACAGAAAACAUAGGAGAGACAGGAAGGAGGUUGGAAAGGGACAUGGGAACAGUGGAAGGAUCUGGUGUUGAAACAUCGGAAGAGUCUCUGAUGUUAUUGGAACCAGAGCAUGGAGCAGAUGAGGAGAAGAAAGGAAUGGAAGAAGAACGUCUGAUUGAACCCACCCCUUUUGAUCAAUACAUCGAUUCAUUUGGUAUUGCAGAUCAAUUAUAUAACCAAGAGAAAGGCAACAGAUUCACUGUAGACUCUGUCAAUACAGAAACUGAGAGCAACAAUGAAGCAAGCAUGGCCCACAAUGUUGACCCAAUGGAGCCCUUCAGUGUUGGACUGGACCAAUCAGGAGUCACUUUACUCAGGGAGGAAGAAGUUAGUGAUUACACACUGCUUGUGAAUAAUUCUGAAGUGAUCAAGUGCAGCCAAAUAGCAUAUGAUUGUGCUCUUACACUAGAGUCAGAUGACACUUUCAGCACUGAUCCCAAAAUCUCUCCUAGUCAACUCAUCCAAACUCCAUGUAUGGAAAUCACUAACCCCUUUCUCAAACCAUUAUUACCGCAGAGUAUUCAGGGUAAUGAGGGUGGUGCAAACACUGACCCCAAUACCACAGGUGGACUGGACACAUCAGAGGUCAUGUUACUCAGCGAGAAGGAAAUGAGUGAUCAUGUGCCGCUUGUAAAGGAAGUGAGUGUCAGUAGCCAAAUGACGUAUGAUGAUAGAACUCUCACAACAGAGCCCUGCCAAACAGAUGAGGCUUUGAGCACUGAUCCCAAUAUCUCUGCUAGUCAACUCAACCAAACUCCAUACUCGGAUGAAAGCCAUAACUCUUUUCCCAAUUCACUCUUACUGCAGAGUGUUCAGGACCAAGGUGAUAACGCAGCAAACAUCAACUCCAAUCAGAGUCCUUCUCUGAGCAGGAGGAGAAAGAUGGGGUCGACUCGUAGGCAUCCUAGAGUUGUACAAAGAGAAGAGGAGGACACAGAGGAGAAACAAGAAGUGGAAAUAGAAAGCACAGAGAUAGAAGACAAGAGAGAAAACAUGGAUGCAGUGGAAGGUUCUAGCAUGGAGUUUGAAAUGUUGAUGGAAUCUAAGGAUGGAGCUGGUAAUGAGAAGAAUGAAGAAGAAGAGAGAAAUGAGGAGACUGUCCUGACUGACCUCAGCUGUUCAUUCAGUACUUCAAAUCAAGAGGGAAGAAACAUAGAGGCUGACAAUAUAGAAAGUGAGAGCCAAUCAAUUAUAAAGGAAUCAAUGGCAACAAAACUCUUGCUUCUACGUGAAGUAGAGUUGACUCAGAUUAGUCAAACUCUUCACAACACUUACCCUGAUGUUCCUACUAUAGAGUCAUAUGACUCCUACCUGACCGAUGACACACUGAACUCAAAUCCUGCCAUCACUGGUUUGCAACACAAAGGAACAUCAUUGGAGGAAACACUUGAUGAAUCAAGAGGAAACACUGACUCCCCUCCAGAUCCACCCUCACUGCAGAGUUCUCUUGGGUCAGAGGAAACAGCAGAGGUAGAAUCCUACACUCCAGGGAGGAAAAGGAAGAUCGGUUCCACUCGCAGCAAGUCUCAUCCAGGUAGAAAAGGAGAGGAGAGAAGAGAGGAGGGACAGGAGGAGGAGAAAGGAGAAGACACAGAUGUUAUAGGAGAGGUGGGAGAUGUCAUUACAACAGCAGAAAUGGAUUCUAGCAUAGAAAAGACUGAGCUUGUAGAGCUUGAGGAACUUCUAGAAAAAGUGACAGAGGAGCAGGCGAUGGGAGACCCAGCGAUCAUAGUAGUGGAGGGAGAGGUCAACAUAGUAGUAGAAGGAGAAUCUGGCAUCGAAAGGUCUGAGCUUGUAGAACAUACAGAAAAAGUUAGAGAGGCAGAGGAGAUAGAAGUAGAAGUGAAAAUAGUCGCAGAGAGCGAGAGCAACCAAACUCCCUCUGACACAGCAGCUCUUACAGUAGAGGCCCAAGAGUCAUGUGACAUGGUUUGUAUAGAGCCAUAUAUAACAUCACAAUACCUGGAAGACAAUAAUCCCUCAUUAAAUGACCUCACAGAAAUAAAUCUGUCUCAAACUGAAAACCCAUAUCUGCUGGAAUCACCUGACACUGCAAAGAAGAGAAGGAAAAGGGGUUCUACUCGUCGGAAUAAAGGUAAACAAGCAGAGACGGACUUUGGGGAGAAACAAGACGCCAAAACUGGAGACACAGAAAAAUCCCUACAACUUCAGGCAUCCAUUGCAGUUGUGGAAUCCUGGUCCUCCAGCAACACAGAAGAGCUCCUGGGUCCAAAGGAAAGUGAAACGGACACUGAGUGUCUUUUGUUUGCUUCUAACACACUCGACAAACAGGAUGACAGAUGGAAAGAGGAAGUUGGUGAGGAUAUUGAACCUAGUAGUGAAGCUGUAGUUAGUUAUAGCAGUGAAUUGCUUCAAGAUACUCUUGGAACCGAAUCACUCUUGCAUCUGCCCCUAGAUCUUGUGUUGCAAGUUGUUCAUGGAUUCGCUGCUGAACCCAUAACAGAGGAGUUGAAGAAAGAGGAAGAGAGGAGGCAGGAAAGUGAGCAUGCCGAGGUGGAGUCCCCCACAUUUCUCAGCUCUAGACAGUCAUUAGAUCAAUCCCUUGAGUCAGACACUUUAACCAACACAGAAGAGUUUGAGUCAUUCAAUAACACAAUAAUCCCCCAAAGUGGAGAAGGUGAAGAGAAACUUGAACCUGUUGUAAAUGAGUCAGAAUUGCAAGAUGAUAUUAACUCUACUGGUCCAGGCAAUCGGGAAACGUUGCACCAAAGAGAUGAAGAUGAGAACUUUGUUGGUCUGAUAGUUGAGGAAAACAUAGUAAUGGCAAAUAUAACUCAUUUUAGACAACCAGACCAUGUAGAAAGCAUUGAACCUGAACAAAGUGAGGAUAUGACCUGCUUUUUACAAUCAACUCCCUCAGACAGCUCUUUGGGUCAUGACAAAAGUGCUCAAUCAGAAUCCAGGAGAAGAAAGAUGGGUUCAACUCGCAGGAAUCAUAGAGGUAUACAUGAGGAGGAAGAACAUGGAGAGAGUAAGAUGCGUGGAUAUCGUUACCUUUAUGAUGAGGGAGAAGAGGUCAUAUUGGGAAAAGAAGAAAUGUUUGGCAUCGAAGAGACUGAGUUUGAAAUAUCUAUGGAGCCAAAAGAUGGUGCUAGUGUAGACGAGAAAGAAGGAGAGCAGAUGGAAAAGGAGAAUUUCCAAACAGAGGAAGACACAGAAAACAUAGGAGAGACAGGAAGGAGGUUGGAAAGGGACAUGGGAACAGUGGAAGGACCUGGUGUUGAAACAUCGGAAGAGUCUCUGAUGUUAUUAGAACCAGAGCAUGGAGCAGAUGAGGAGAAGAAAGGAAUGGAAGAAGAACGUCUGAUUGAACCCACCCCUUUUGAUCAAUACAUCGAUUCAUUUGGUAUUGCAGAUCAAUUAUAUAACCAAGAGAAAGGCAACAGAUUCACUGUAGACUCUGUCAAUACAGAAACUGAGAGCAACAAUGAAGCAAGCAUGGCCCACAAUGUUGACCCAAUGGAGCCCUUCAGUGUUGGACUGGACCAAUCAGGAGUCACUUUACUCAGGGAGGAAGAAGUUAGUGAUUACACACUGCUUGUGAAUAAUUCUGAAGUGAUCAAGUGCAGCCAAAUAGCAUAUGAUUGUGCUCUUACACUAGAGUCAGAUGACACUUUCAGCACUGAUCCCAAAAUCUCUCCUAGUCAACUCAUCCAAACUCCAUGUAUGGAAAUCACUAACCCCUUUCUCAAACCAUUAUUACCGCAGAGUAUUCAGGGUAAUGAGGGUGGUGCAAACACUGACCCCAAUACCACAGGUGGACUGGACACAUCAGAGGUCAUGUUACUCAGCGAGAAGGAAAUGAGUGAUCAUGUGCCGCUUGUAAAGGAAGUGAGUGUCAGUAGCCAAAUGACGUAUGAUGAUAGAACUCUCACAACAGAGCCCUGCCAAACAGAUGAGGCUUUGAGCACUGAUCCCAAUAUCUCUGCUAGUCAACUCAACCAAACUCCAUACUCGGAUGAAAGCCAUAACUCUUUUCCCAAUUCACUCUUACUGCAGAGUGUUCAGGACCAAGGUGAUAACGCAGCAAACAUCAACUCCAAUCAGAGUCCUUCUCUGAGCAGGAGGAGAAAGAUGGGGUCGACUCGUAGGCAUCCUAGAGUUGUACAAAGAGAAGAGGAGGACACAGAGGAGAAACAAGAAGUGGAAAUAGAAAGCACAGAGAUAGAAGACAAGAGAGAAAACAUGGAUGCAGUGGAAGGUUCUAGCAUGGAGUUUGAAAUGUUGAUGGAAUCUAAGGAUGGAGCUGGUAAUGAGAAGAAUGAAGAAGAAGAGAGAAAUGAGGAGACUGUCCUGACUGACCUCAGCUGUUCAUUCAGUACUUCAAAUCAAGAGGGAAGAAACAUAGAGGCUGACAAUAUAGAAAGUGAGAGCCAAUCAAUUAUAAAGGAAUCAAUGGCAACAAAACUCUUGCUUCUACGUGAAGUAGAGUUGACUCAGAUUAGUCAAACUCUUCACAACACUUACCCUGAUGUUCCUACUAUAGAGUCAUAUGACUCCUACCUGACCGAUGACACACUGAACUCAAAUCCUGCCAUCACUGGUUUGCAACACAAAGGAACAUCAUUGGAGGAAACACUUGAUGAAUCAAGAGGAAACACUGACUCCCCUCCAGAUCCACCCUCACUGCAGAGUUCUCUUGGGUCAGAGGAAACAGCAGAGGUAGAAUCCUACACUCCAGGGAGGAAAAGGAAGAUCGGUUCCACUCGCAGCAAGUCUCAUCCAGGUAGAAAAGGAGAGGAGAGAAGAGAGGAGGGACAGGAGGAGGAGAAAGGAGAAGACACAGAUGUUAUAGGAGAGGUGGGAGAUGUCAUUACAACAGCAGAAAUGGAUUCUAGCAUAGAAAAGACUGAGCUUGUAGAGCUUGAGGAACUUCUAGAAAAAGUGACAGAGGAGCAGGCGAUGGGAGACCCAGCGAUCAUAGUAGUGGAGGGAGAGGUCAACAUAGUAGUAGAAGGAGAAUCUGGCAUCGAAAGGUCUGAGCUUGUAGAACAUACAGAAAAAGUUAGAGAGGCAGAGGAGAUAGAAGUAGAAGUGAAAAUAGUCGCAGAGAGCGAGAGCAACCAAACUCCCUCUGACACAGCAGCUCUUACAGUAGAGGCCCAAGAGUCAUGUGACAUGGUUUGUAUAGAGCCAUAUAUAACAUCACAAUACCUGGAAGACAAUAAUCCCUCAUUAAAUGACCUCACAGAAAUAAAUCUGUCUCAAACUGAAAACCCAUAUCUGCUGGAAUCACCUGACACUGCAAAGAAGAGAAGGAAAAGGGGUUCUACUCGUCGGAAUAAAGGUAAACAAGCAGAGACGGACUUUGGGGAGAAACAAGACGCCAAAACUGGAGACACAGAAAAAUCCCUACAACUUCAGGCAUCCAUUGCAGUUGUGGAAUCCUGGUCCUCCAGCAACACAGAAGAGCUCCUGGGUCCAAAGGAAAGUGAAACGGACACUGAGUGUCUUUUGUUUGCUUCUAACACACUCGACAAACAGGAUGACAGAUGGAAAGAGGAAGUUGGUGAGGAUAUUGAACCUAGUAGUGAAGCUGUAGUUAGUUAUAGCAGUGAAUUGCUUCAAGAUACUCUUGGAACCGAAUCACUCUUGCAUCUGCCCCUAGAUCUUGUGUUGCAAGUUGUUCAUGGAUUCGCUGCUGAACCCAUAACAGAGGAGUUGAAGAAAGAGGAAGAGAGGAGGCAGGAAAGUGAGCAUGCCGAGGUGGAGUCCCCCACAUUUCUCAGCUCUAGACAGUCAUUAGAUCAAUCCCUUGAGUCAGACACUUUAACCAACACAGAAGAGUUUGAGUCAUUCAAUAACACAAUAAUCCCCCAAAGUGGAGAAGGUGAAGAGAAACUUGAACCUGUUGUAAAUGAGUCAGAAUUGCAAGAUGAUAUUAACUCUACUGGUCCAGGCAAUCGGGAAACGUUGCACCAAAGAGAUGAAGAUGAGAACUUUGUUGGUCUGAUAGUUGAGGAAAACAUAGUAAUGGCAAAUAUAACUCAUUUUAGACAACCAGACCAUGUAGAAAGCAUUGAACCUGAACAAAGUGAGGAUAUGACCUGCUUUUUACAAUCAACUCCCUCAGACAGCUCUUUGGGUCAUGACAAAAGUGCUCAAUCAGAAUCCAGGAGAAGAAAGAUGGGUUCAACUCGCAGGAAUCAUAGAGGUAUACAUGAGGAGGAAGAACAUGGAGAGAGUAAGAUGCGUGGAUAUCGUUACCUUUAUGAUGAGGGAGAAGAGGUCAUAUUGGGAAAAGAAGAAAUGUUUGGCAUCGAAGAGACUGAGUUUGAAAUAUCUAUGGAGCCAAAAGAUGGUGCUAGUGUAGACGAGAAAGAAGGAGAGCAGAUGGAAAAGGAGAAUUUCCAAACAGAGGAAGACACAGAAAACAUAGGAGAGACAGGAAGGAGGUUGGAAAGGGACAUGGGAACAGUGGAAGGACCUGGUGUUGAAACAUCGGAAGAGUCUCUGAUGUUAUUAGAACCAGAGCAUGGAGCAGAUGAGGAGAAGAAAGGAAUGGAAGAAGAACGUCUGAUUGAACCCACCCCUUUUGAUCAAUACAUCGAUUCAUUUGGUAUUGCAGAUCAAUUAUAUAACCAAGAGAAAGGCAACAGAUUCACUGUAGACUCUGUCAAUACAGAAACUGAGAGCAACAAUGAAGCAAGCAUGGCCCACAAUGUUGACCCAAUGGAGCCCUUCAGUGUUGGACUGGACCAAUCAGGAGUCACUUUACUCAGGGAGGAAGAAGUUAGUGAUUACACACUGCUUGUGAAUAAUUCUGAAGUGAUCAAGUGCAGCCAAAUAGCAUAUGAUUGUGCUCUUACACUAGAGUCAGAUGACACUUUCAGCACUGAUCCCAAAAUCUCUCCUAGUCAACUCAUCCAAACUCCAUGUAUGGAAAUCACUAACCCCUUUCUCAAACCAUUAUUACCGCAGAGUAUUCAGGGUAAUGAGGGUGGUGCAAACACUGACCCCAAUACCACAGGUGGACUGGACACAUCAGAGGUCAUGUUACUCAGCGAGAAGGAAAUGAGUGAUCAUGUGCCGCUUGUAAAGGAAGUGAGUGUCAGUAGCCAAAUGACGUAUGAUGAUAGAACUCUCACAACAGAGCCCUGCCAAACAGAUGAGGCUUUGAGCACUGAUCCCAAUAUCUCUGCUAGUCAACUCAACCAAACUCCAUACUCGGAUGAAAGCCAUAACUCUUUUCCCAAUUCACUCUUACUGCAGAGUGUUCAGGACCAAGGUGAUAACGCAGCAAACAUCAACUCCAAUCAGAGUCCUUCUCUGAGCAGGAGGAGAAAGAUGGGGUCGACUCGUAGGCAUCCUAGAGUUGUACAAAGAGAAGAGGAGGACACAGAGGAGAAACAAGAAGUGGAAAUAGAAAGCACAGAGAUAGAAGACAAGAGAGAAAACAUGGAUGCAGUGGAAGGUUCUAGCAUGGAGUUUGAAAUGUUGAUGGAAUCUAAGGAUGGAGCUGGUAAUGAGAAGAAUGAAGAAGAAGAGAGAAAUGAGGAGACUGUCCUGACUGACCUCAGCUGUUCAUUCAGUACUUCAAAUCAAGAGGGAAGAAACAUAGAGGCUGACAAUAUAGAAAGUGAGAGCCAAUCAAUUAUAAAGGAAUCAAUGGCAACAAAACUCUUGCUUCUACGUGAAGUAGAGUUGACUCAGAUUAGUCAAACUCUUCACAACACUUACCCUGAUGUUCCUACUAUAGAGUCAUAUGACUCCUACCUGACCGAUGACACACUGAACUCAAAUCCUGCCAUCACUGGUUUGCAACACAAAGGAACAUCAUUGGAGGAAACACUUGAUGAAUCAAGAGGAAACACUGACUCCCCUCCAGAUCCACCCUCACUGCAGAGUUCUCUUGGGUCAGAGGAAACAGCAGAGGUAGAAUCCUACACUCCAGGGAGGAAAAGGAAGAUCGGUUCCACUCGCAGCAAGUCUCAUCCAGGUAGAAAAGGAGAGGAGAGAAGAGAGGAGGGACAGGAGGAGGAGAAAGGAGAAGACACAGAUGUUAUAGGAGAGGUGGGAGAUGUCAUUACAACAGCAGAAAUGGAUUCUAGCAUAGAAAAGACUGAGCUUGUAGAGCUUGAGGAACUUCUAGAAAAAGUGACAGAGGAGCAGGCGAUGGGAGACCCAGCGAUCAUAGUAGUGGAGGGAGAGGUCAACAUAGUAGUAGAAGGAGAAUCUGGCAUCGAAAGGUCUGAGCUUGUAGAACAUACAGAAAAAGUUAGAGAGGCAGAGGAGAUAGAAGUAGAAGUGAAAAUAGUCGCAGAGAGCGAGAGCAACCAAACUCCCUCUGACACAGCAGCUCUUACAGUAGAGGCCCAAGAGUCAUGUGACAUGGUUUGUAUAGAGCCAUAUAUAACAUCACAAUACCUGGAAGACAAUAAUCCCUCAUUAAAUGACCUCACAGAAAUAAAUCUGUCUCAAACUGAAAACCCAUAUCUGCUGGAAUCACCUGACACUGCAAAGAAGAGAAGGAAAAGGGGUUCUACUCGUCGGAAUAAAGGUAAACAAGCAGAGACGGACUUUGGGGAGAAACAAGACGCCAAAACUGGAGACACAGAAAAAUCCCUACAACUUCAGGCAUCCAUUGCAGUUGUGGAAUCCUGGUCCUCCAGCAACACAGAAGAGCUCCUGGGUCCAAAGGAAAGUGAAACGGACACUGAGUGUCUUUUGUUUGCUUCUAACACACUCGACAAACAGGAUGACAGAUGGAAAGAGGAAGUUGGUGAGGAUAUUGAACCUAGUAGUGAAGCUGUAGUUAGUUAUAGCAGUGAAUUGCUUCAAGAUACUCUUGGAACCGAAUCACUCUUGCAUCUGCCCCUAGAUCUUGUGUUGCAAGUUGUUCAUGGAUUCGCUGCUGAACCCAUAACAGAGGAGUUGAAGAAAGAGGAAGAGAGGAGGCAGGAAAGUGAGCAUGCCGAGGUGGAGUCCCCCACAUUUCUCAGCUCUAGACAGUCAUUAGAUCAAUCCCUUGAGUCAGACACUUUAACCAACACAGAAGAGUUUGAGUCAUUCAAUAACACAAUAAUCCCCCAAAGUGGAGAAGGUGAAGAGAAACUUGAACCUGUUGUAAAUGAGUCAGAAUUGCAAGAUGAUAUUAACUCUACUGGUCCAGGCAAUCGGGAAACGUUGCACCAAAGAGAUGAAGAUGAGAACUUUGUUGGUCUGAUAGUUGAGGAAAACAUAGUAAUGGCAAAUAUAACUCAUUUUAGACAACCAGACCAUGUAGAAAGCAUUGAACCUGAACAAAGUGAGGAUAUGACCUGCUUUUUACAAUCAACUCCCUCAGACAGCUCUUUGGGUCAUGACAAAAGUGCUCAAUCAGAAUCCAGGAGAAGAAAGAUGGGUUCAACUCGCAGGAAUCAUAGAGGUAUACAUGAGGAGGAAGAACAUGGAGAGAGUAAGAUGCGUGGAUAUCGUUACCUUUAUGAUGAGGGAGAAGAGGUCAUAUUGGGAAACGAAGAAAUGUUUGGCAUCGAAGAGACUGAGUUUGAAAUAUCUAUGGAGCCAAAAGAUGGUGCUAGUGUAGACGAGAAAGAAGGAGAGCAGAUGGAAAAGGAGAAUUUCCAAACAGAGGAAGACACAGAAAACAUAGGAGAGACAGGAAGGAGGUUGGAAAGGGACAUGGGAACAGUGGAAGGACCUGGUGUUGAAACAUCGGAAGAGUCUCUGAUGUUAUUAGAACCAGAGCAUGGAGCAGAUGAGGAGAAGAAAGGAAUGGAAGAAGAACGUCUGAUUGAACCCACCCCUUUUGAUCAAUACAUCGAUUCAUUUGGUAUUGCAGAUCAAUUAUAUAACCAAGAGAAAGGCAACAGAUUCACUGUAGACUCUGUCAAUACAGAAACUGAGAGCAACAAUGAAGCAAGCAUGGCCCACAAUGUUGACCCAAUGGAGCCCUUCAGUGUUGGACUGGACCAAUCAGGAGUCACUUUACUCAGGGAGGAAGAAGUUAGUGAUUACACACUGCUUGUGAAUAAUUCUGAAGUGAUCAAGUGCAGCCAAAUAGCAUAUGAUUGUGCUCUUACACUAGAGUCAGAUGACACUUUCAGCACUGAUCCCAAAAUCUCUCCUAGUCAACUCAUCCAAACUCCAUGUAUGGAAAUCACUAACCCCUUUCUCAAACCAUUAUUACCGCAGAGUAUUCAGGGUAAUGAGGGUGGUGCAAACACUGACCCCAAUACCACAGGUGGACUGGACACAUCAGAGGUCAUGUUACUCAGCGAGAAGGAAAUGAGUGAUCAUGUGCCUCUUGUAAAGGAAGUGAGUGUCAGUAGCCAAAUGACGUAUGAUGAUAGAACUCUCACAACAGAGCCCUGCCAAACAGAUGAGGCUUUGAGCACUGAUCCCAAUAUCUCUGCUAGUCAACUCAACCAAACUCCAUACUCGGAUGAAAGCCAUAACUCUUUUCCCAAUUCACUCUUACUGCAGAGUGUUCAGGACCAAGGUGAUAACGCAGCAAACAUCAACUCCAAUCAGAGUCCUUCUCUGAGCAGGAGGAGAAAGAUGGGGUCGACUCGUAGGCAUCCUAGAGUUGUACAAAGAGAAGAGGAGGACACAGAGGAGAAACAAGAAGUGGAAAUAGAAAGCACAGAGAUAGAAGACAAGAGAGAAAACAUGGAUGCAGUGGAAGGUUCUAGCAUGGAGUUUGAAAUGUUGAUGGAAUCUAAGGAUGGAGCUGGUAAUGAGAAGAAUGAAGAAGAAGAGAGAAAUGAGGAGACUGUCCUGACUGACCUCAGCUGUUCAUUCAGUACUUCAAAUCAAGAGGGAAGAAACAUAGAGGCUGACAAUAUAGAAAGUGAGAGCCAAUCAAUUAUAAAGGAAUCAAUGGCAACAAAACUCUUGCUUCUACGUGAAGUAGAGUUGACUCAGAUUAGUCAAACUCUUCACAACACUUACCCUGAUGUUCCUACUAUAGAGUCAUAUGACUCCUACCUGACCGAUGACACACUGAACUCAAAUCCUGCCAUCACUGGUUUGCAACACAAAGGAACAUCAUUGGAGGAAACACUUGAUGAAUCAAGAGGAAACACUGACUCCCCUCCAGAUCCACCCUCACUGCAGAGUUCUCUUGGGUCAGAGGAAACAGCAGAGGUAGAAUCCUACACUCCAGGGAGGAAAAGGAAGAUCGGUUCCACUCGCAGCAAGUCUCAUCCAGGUAGAAAAGGAGAGGAGAGAAGAGAGGAGGGACAGGAGGAGGAGAAAGGAGAAGACACAGAUGUUAUAGGAGAGGUGGGAGAUGUCAUUACAACAGCAGAAAUGGAUUCUAGCAUAGAAAAGACUGAGCUUGUAGAGCUUGAGGAACUUCUAGAAAAAGUGACAGAGGAGCAGGCGAUGGGAGACCCAGCGAUCAUAGUAGUGGAGGGAGAGGUCAACAUAGUAGUAGAAGGAGAAUCUGGCAUCGAAAGGUCUGAGCUUGUAGAACAUACAGAAAAAGUUAGAGAGGCAGAGGAGAUAGAAGUAGAAGUGAAAAUAGUCGCAGAGAGCGAGAGCAACCAAACUCCCUCUGACACAGCAGCUCUUACAGUAGAGGCCCAAGAGUCAUGUGACAUGGUUUGUAUAGAGCCAUAUAUAACAUCACAAUACCUGGAAGACAAUAAUCCCUCAUUAAAUGACCUCACAGAAAUAAAUCUGUCUCAAACUGAAAACCCAUAUCUGCUGGAAUCACCUGACACUGCAAAGAAGAGAAGGAAAAGGGGUUCUACUCGUCGGAAUAAAGGUAAACAAGCAGAGACGGACUUUGGGGAGAAACAAGACGCCAAAACUGGAGACACAGAAAAAUCCCUACAACUUCAGGCAUCCAUUGCAGUUGUGGAAUCCUGGUCCUCCAGCAACACAGAAGAGCUCCUGGGUCCAAAGGAAAGUGAAACGGACACUGAGUGUCUUUUGUUUGCUUCUAACACACUCGACAAACAGGAUGACAGAUGGAAAGAGGAAGUUGGUGAGGAUAUUGAACCUAGUAGUGAAGCUGUAGUUAGUUAUAGCAGUGAAUUGCUUCAAGAUACUCUUGGAACCGAAUCACUCUUGCAUCUGCCCCUAGAUCUUGUGUUGCAAGUUGUUCAUGGAUUCGCUGCUGAACCCAUAACAGAGGAGUUGAAGAAAGAGGAAGAGAGGAGGCAGGAAAGUGAGCAUGCCGAGGUGGAGUCCCCCACAUUUCUCAGCUCUAGACAGUCAUUAGAUCAAUCCCUUGAGUCAGACACUUUAACCAACACAGAAGAGUUUGAGUCAUUCAAUAACACAAUAAUCCCCCAAAGUGGAGAAGGUGAAGAGAAACUUGAACCUGUUGUAAAUGAGUCAGAAUUGCAAGAUGAUAUUAACUCUACUGGUCCAGGCAAUCGGGAAACGUUGCACCAAAGAGAUGAAGAUGAGAACUUUGUUGGUCUGAUAGUUGAGGAAAACAUAGUAAUGGCAAAUAUAACUCAUUUUAGACAACCAGACCAUGUAGAAAGCAUUGAACCUGAACAAAGUGAGGAUAUGACCUGCUUUUUACAAUCAACUCCCUCAGACAGCUCUUUGGGUCAUGACAAAAGUGCUCAAUCAGAAUCCAGGAGAAGAAAGAUGGGUUCAACUCGCAGGAAUCAUAGAGGUAUACAUGAGGAGGAAGAACAUGGAGAGAGUAAGAUGCGUGGAUAUCGUUACCUUUAUGAUGAGGGAGAAGAGGUCAUAUUGGGAAACGAAGAAAUGUUUGGCAUCGAAGAGACUGAGUUUGAAAUAUCUAUGGAGCCAAAAGAUGGUGCUAGUGUAGACGAGAAAGAAGGAGAGCAGAUGGAAAAGGAGAAUUUCCAAACAGAGGAAGACACAGAAAACAUAGGAGAGACAGGAAGGAGGUUGGAAAGGGACAUGGGAACAGUGGAAGGACCUGGUGUUGAAACAUCGGAAGAGUCUCUGAUGUUAUUAGAACCAGAGCAUGGAGCAGAUGAGGAGAAGAAAGGAAUGGAAGAAGAACGUCUGAUUGAACCCACCCCUUUUGAUCAAUACAUCGAUUCAUUUGGUAUUGCAGAUCAAUUAUAUAACCAAGAGAAAGGCAACAGAUUCACUGUAGACUCUGUCAAUACAGAAACUGAGAGCAACAAUGAAGCAAGCAUGGCCCACAAUGUUGACCCAAUGGAGCCCUUCAGUGUUGGACUGGACCAAUCAGGAGUCACUUUACUCAGGGAGGAAGAAGUUAGUGAUUACACACUGCUUGUGAAUAAUUCUGAAGUGAUCAAGUGCAGCCAAAUAGCAUAUGAUUGUGCUCUUACACUAGAGUCAGAUGACACUUUCAGCACUGAUCCCAAAAUCUCUCCUAGUCAACUCAUCCAAACUCCAUGUAUGGAAAUCACUAACCCCUUUCUCAAACCAUUAUUACCGCAGAGUAUUCAGGGUAAUGAGGGUGGUGCAAACACUGACCCCAAUACCACAGGUGGACUGGACACAUCAGAGGUCAUGUUACUCAGCGAGAAGGAAAUGAGUGAUCAUGUGCCGCUUGUAAAGGAAGUGAGUGUCAGUAGCCAAAUGACGUAUGAUGAUAGAACUCUCACAACAGAGCCCUGCCAAACAGAUGAGGCUUUGAGAACUGAUCCCAAUAUCUCUGCUAGUCAACUCAACCAAACUCCAUACUCGGAUGAAAGCCAUAACUCUUUUCCCAAUUCACUCUUACUGCAGAGUGUUCAGGACCAAGGUGAUAACGCAGCAAACAUCAACUCCAAUCAGAGUCCUUCUCUGAGCAGGAGGAGAAAGAUGGGGUCGACUCGUAGGCAUCCUAGAGUUGUACAAAGAGAAGAGGAGGACACAGAGGAGAAACAAGAAGUGGAAAUAGAAAGCACAGAGAUAGAAGACAAGAGAGAAAACAUGGAUGCAGUGGAAGGUUCUAGCAUGGAGUUUGAAAUGUUGAUGGAAUCUAAGGAUGGAGCUGGUAAUGAGAAGAAUGAAGAAGAAGAGAGAAAUGAGGAGACUGGCCUCAGCUGUUCAUUCAGUACUUCAAAUCAAGAGGGAAGAAACAUAGAGGCUGACAAUAUAGAAAGUGAGAGCCAAUCAAUUAUAAAUCAUUCAAUGACAGCAAAACUCAUUCUACGUCAAUCAGAUUUCUCUGAGGUUAGGGAAACUCUUCACAACCCUAAUGUUCCUAAUCUUGAGUCCCACUUGACUGAUGACACACUGAUUUCAACAGAAAAAGUUAGAGAGGUGGAGGAGAUAGAAGUUGAAGUGAAUACAGUCAUGGAGAGCGAGAGCAGCCAAACUGACACAGCUGCUCUUACAGUAGAGGCCCAAGAGUCAGGUGACAUGGUUUGUAUAGACCCUCACAUCUCUGCUAUUCAACUUACACAAACAGCAGACAUGGAGCAAUGUCUGUUAACACAAAGUAAUAGCCCCAGUCUUCCUUCAAAAUCAUCUCUGUCUCUGAGUUCCCAAUCUCACGAGGAUGUUGGUGAAUCCAAAGCUACAGGGAAGAGAAGAAAGAUGGGCUUUACUCAUCAGACACAGGGAGGACUCCACACAGAGGAUGAGAAGCAGGAGACAGGAGAAAAUAUAACAGUGGCAGAGGUCAGAGCAGAAACCAUUGGAAAUCCAGAAGUCAAUGCUGUUUUGGAAAGAUUUCAAGAGGAGCGCAGGGCUGAAGCUGUCAGUCUGGAGGACCAACAGGAGAUACAGAGCUCAGAGAAGGAGACAAUACUCAUAGAGGUGGUUGCCUCAAGCACGGUUUUGACUGGAAAAGGGUCUGAACCAGUGGCUCCAGCUCCACAGCCAGGCCUUGGGAAUAAAAAAGGUCAAGAAAAGGCAGAGCGUGUGGAGAAGCCACCGGGUACCUUCGGAAGCUCUGGCUCUAGUUCAAACCCCUACAACGUGGUGAUGGUUGGAAACAGCAGUGUGGGCAAAACCUCCUUCAUGAGGCGUUUCCAAAGUGGAGAGUUCUGUCUGCACCACGAUGCAACCAUUGGUAUUGAUACCUGUAUACAGUCUGUGACCGUGGAUGGCAGCCCAGUGACUCUACAGUUAUGGGAUACUGCAGGUCAGGAAAGAUUCCACAGCAUCACCAGACAAGUGUUCCACAAAGCCCAGGGUCUAAUGCUUAUGUAUGACAUCACUUCGUCUCAGAGCUUCUGUGACAUCUGCUACUGGGUCAAUUGCAUUCAGGAGGGGGCUCCAGAUGAUGUCAUCGUUAUACUCCUUGGGAACAAGACUGAUUGUGCUGAACUACAUCGAGAGGUUCAGACUCAUGAAGGGGAGAACCUUGCAAAGGGGUACGACAUGCUCUUUAUGGAGUGUAGUGCUGCAACAGGUGACAAUGUGACUCUGUCUAUGGAAACUCUGGCAAGGAUGCUAAAGCAGCUGGGUGAGCAGACAAGACAAGAAGAGGGAAGCUUGGUGUUGCAGAAAGAACCGCCAAUGAAGAAAUCAGGAUGCUGCUGAUCAAGGUGGAGAAGAUUGGUACAUGUCAUAAUCUGCAGCACAUACACGCAUGCACGUACGCACGCACGUACGCACCCACGUACGCACACACACAUGCAUUUGUGCCCUAUAGCCCCUUAUGAUAGAACAUUUAGAAAUAAAAAUACUAUAUGUAAUAUAGCAGAUUUAAAUGUUAAAAACAUUUGGCAGUGCAUACCAAAGCAUAUACUGUAGUGGUAGUAAUGUAACGCUUGAGAUGAUUCUCUCUUUUCUACUUCUUUCAAACACUGUUUGUGGGGGAAAAAAUAUAUUUAUUAGAUUAUGAAGAGAUAUAUAUUCAUAGCAACACUAUUUAUUUGCAGUAGAUAGUGUCAUAUUACAAUUUAUUGUUGGGUUUCUUUUUGCUUGAAAACAUCCACCUAUGCAGUUUAUACAAGCCUAAUAAAUACAUAAUACAUUCAA